AUUUUUCUAUAAUUACACAUUUUGCCCUUCAACCUCUCAACAACCUUCUUUUCUCUCUACUCCUCCUCCUUCCUGUUCCUCGGUCCACUGCGAUCUAAUGGCUUCCUCCAUCUCUUCCAAGUCAUUCUUAUCCGGUACUUUUUCUUCCUUCAAUUCGGAUGGCCGUCAGCUUUCCUCCGCCGUCGUUCAAAUCUCUGUUCGUCCCGGAGCUCCCAAGAGACUGCAGAUACGGGCAGCAGGUAGUACCUAUGGAAAUUAUUUUCGUGUGACAACAUACGGAGAAUCUCAUGGAGGAGGUGUUGGUUGCGUAAUUGAUGGAUGCCCUCCUCGUUUACCGCUAUCCGAAGCGGACAUGCAAGAGGAUCUUGACAGGAGGAGGCCAGGUCAGAGCCGAAUUACUACUCCCAGAAAAGAGACUGAUACGUGUAAAAUAUUUUCAGGAGUUUCUGAAGGAGUUACUACUGGAACGCCAAUUCAUGUAUUUGUUCCCAACACUGACCAAAGAGGACAUGAUUAUAGUGAGAUGUCAUUGGCUUAUAGACCGUCACAUGCAGAUGCAACCUAUGAUAUGAAGUACGGUGUCAGAUCAGUGCAGGGAGGUGGUAGAUCUUCGGCAAGGGAAACUAUAGGAAGAGUUGCUUCUGGUGCUGUUGCUAAGAAAAUCCUUAAGGAGUUUUCUGGAACUGAGGUACUUGCCUAUGUCUCUCAAGUUCACAAUGUUGUUCUCCCUGACGACCUAAUUGAUCAUGACACUCUGACACUUGAACAGAUAGAAAGUAACAUUGUCCGAUGCCCAGACCCAGAAUAUGCUGAGAAGAUGAUAGCUGCCGUUGAUGCUGUCCGGGUGAAAGGUGAUUCUGUUGGUGGAGUUGUAACAUGCAUCGUGAGGAAUUGUCCACGUGGUCUCGGUUCACCUGUAUUUGACAAACUUGAAGCUGAGCUGGCUAAAGCUGUUAUGUCAUUGCCGGCUACAAAGGGCUUCCAGUUUGGCAGUGGGUUUGCAGGUACUUUUUUGACUGGCAGCGAACACAAUGAUGAGUUUUAUGUAGAUCAGCAUGGAAAGAUGAGAACAAGAACCAACCGCUCUGGCGGGAUUCAGGGUGGAAUUUCCAAUGGCGAGAUCAUAAACAUGAGAAUAGCUUUCAAGCCAACUUCUACCAUUGGAAAAAAACAGCAUACAGUGACCAGAGAUAAGAAAGAAACGGAGCUAAUAGCUCGUGGUCGCCAUGAUCCUUGUGUUGUCCCAAGAGCUGUACCAAUGGUAGAAGCCAUGGUGGCUUUGGUUCUUGCGGAUCAGUUGAUGGCACAAUAUGCUCAAUGUAAUCUGUUUCCCGUCAACCCUGAGUUGCAAGAACCUUUAUUGCGCGCGUUAGAGCCAGAGCCUGCCGAAGUACCUUUUUGAAAGAUGACGGGGAAGUGUAUCAUAAAUUAAAUUUCAGUUCUGGUCAGUAGUAUUUAGUUUUGAAAGAAGUAGUUCUUUCAGUGGGAGACUUGCAAGUUCUCGGAAUUUUUCUUUCUCUGGAAAGUUCUACUUUUUUGGCAUUACAGCAACAGAUUUGUUUUUGGCUGUGUUAUAUGUCUUCAUAUGUUCAGUAUAUUGCUCAUUCAGGCCAUAAUAAACGAGUAGAAACAUGAUUGCUAAAUUUGUUAAGGAGCUUGUAAUUCGCUUGUGUUUGUAAUGGCUCUAAACAUGAUGUGAAAAAUUCGAUUUCAAUAUGCUCCUUUCCUAAUCUUC